AUGCUCUUGGAUCGGAUUUUUGUCGCCGACACCUCUCACCCUCUUCCAGUCGGCGGCGGCGACGAGCCGAAGGGCACUUGGCGGCUGGUGGACGGGAACUGGGUGUCCAUAGACCGCAACUCCAUUGUCUUCGACGCAGAGACCUACGUGACCGUGGUUCUGGCCACCAGCUUCAUCGACUGGACCAACUGGCAGCUCUCGAGCAUUCCUGGCCUAGGGACACUAUCCCUGGAGACCUUUUGGGGUGAUCAGGGCGCCUGGAUCUCCCUCUGCGAGAUGGACCCGGACGAGUCGGUGAGGACCUACUUCCUGGAAGCCAAAAUGGAGCCUGUCAAGGUGAGGUCCGACACGCCACGGCCCUCCACGGUCUAUGACGAUGAGGCCGAAAGGGCGCAGGAAGAGUUGGUGAUCACGGACGGCGAGGAGAACAAGGCCUCCCCCAGCAGCGACGACGAACCCGAGGAGCCGCUGAACCGGCAGAGGACGCCCUACGACGAGAUGGAAGAGUUCGAGUUGUGCGAGGAGGUCCCACUGGAGCGCGAAUGGCUGCGGCAGCCAGUGGACGUCACGUCGCCAGGAGCCGCCGGCGCGGCGGAGAUGGCGAGGGUUGCCCAAAUCGAGAUGGCGCUGGACGCGCCGGACGUGGGGCCGCUGCGCCACAGCUUGUCGGGAGACCUGAUGGACAUGGAGGAAGACGAGGAAAUCUCGCAGCCUCAUGGUUUGUCUCGCCGGAUCUCCAAGCGGAACGUGCGAACCUUGACCCUGCCCUGGUACCUGCGCACCAGUGCCGGGCAGCUUUGGUGGUGCAUUUCCGUCGAGGGGUGGCCUCCGUGCUGGCGACGCGACCAUCAGAUCAGCCACCUCUGCGAGGUGGUGGAGUCGGGCAAAGCCCAUCUCUUGCGGUCUGGCACUUCCGUGCAGGACAUGGAGACGGCGCGGCGCAAAGCCACGCGGCUCUUGUGUCAGUUGGACCCCUCCUUGUUGGAUGAGUUCAUGCGGAUCGACGUGCCGCUGACGAGCCUCCUAGCGAGCACCUAUGGAGGCUGGCUGGGUGUCGUUGAGAGCGAGGGCCGCAUCGUGGAGAGGAAGGUCUCUGUGAGCGAGGCGCGGACCACGGACGCGGUGCUGCGCGCUGGGGCGGAGGUGGUGUCCAAGAGCUCGGUGCUGCGCUCCGCCGCCGACGCCGCGCGCCGAGGUUCCCAGAUGCUGGACAACUUCGCCGCAGAAGAAGCACCCUUGGCGGUGCGCUGGAAGAGCGACACCGCCAGCCGCUCCUGGAUGGAUAGGCCGCAGAGUUACUUCUCGGAGGACUUCUUCGUAGAACUGAGCCGCGCCAAGGCUUACAGGACCUCCAUUGCCGGAGCUCCUGCUGUGGCCGUCACCACGCCUCAGCGGCAGUUCCUCUUCGUCAUGAGGAGUCAGCGGAAGAAGCGGACAAGUGGGCUGCGUCGCUGA